AUGGGUCCAAUAGAAAAUAAUCAAGAAGUUUAUCGUAGUAAUCAUACAAUGAAUGAUAUGCCUAUCAAAAAUGAAGAAGAGGAUCUCGAGCAGGAUGAUUGUUUUGUUAAAUUUGGUUUAACUUCAUCCUCGGAAGAGAAAAAUGAACGAAUUAAUAAGAAAAAUCAAAAAGAAAAGACACAAAUAGAAACAAAUGAAGAUCAACCAGCACAUUUAGCUGAUGAGAUCGAUGCAAUAACAGCACUUAUUAUCUAUAAUACUUAUUCUAAAAAACAUGAAUUUACAUUUAGUGCACAACAUCGAGCUAAAAUCGCUACUCCUUCGAAAAUUAUUCGCGAUGAUAUAGAUCGAUUUGAUGCUAUAUAUUCAUGUUUAAUCGAUCAAUCGGCAUCAACACGAAAUAAUUCUGUGAAAAAAACUAAUCUUCUUAGUAAUCAUUUAUGUAGACGAUUUUUUAGUCUAUCGGAGGAUAUACCUACAUUAAAAAAAUUUCAACAAAACGAACAAAUACGUAUCUAUGAAGAGAAAAAAGCAAAUUUUAAUCGUGUACCAUUUAUUCCAAAUAUUUUAUCAUAUCAACGAACUUGUCCUCAAUAUAAUCUUGAUGAUAUGAAAUGGAUACGAGAUCAUCUUUGUUAA